AUGGUUUUUAUUUCCAAUAAUAUUAAUUCUGUUGUUGAAGUUCAACUUAUGGAAGAAGUAGGUCAUGGAACUUUUAGCAGAGUCUUCAAAGGAAAAAUGAAAGAAAAAUAUGUUGCAGUCAAAGUUCUAAAUACUGUAGUUGAUUGUAUAAGAAUGGAAGUUAGUUAUAUGAGAAUGUUUCAUCAUCCAAAUAUUAUUUCUUUUUAUGGAACUAUCCAAACAGAUAUGCUUGUUAUUUUAACUGAAUAUAUGGAUUCUUCUCUUGAUAAUUUGUUAUAUAACCAACAACAAUGUCCUCUUUCUCUUCAAUUUGAACUAACAUGCCCUAUUAAAGUUCAUAUUGCUUUAGAAAUUGCUAAAGGAAUUAAAUAUCUUCAAUCUUUAAAAUUAAUUCAUGGUGAUGUUAAACCAGAAAACAUUCUAAUCAAUGCUGAUCUUAAAGUUAAACUUAGUGACUUUGGUUUAACAAAACAACCAACUGAAUUUAGUGAGAGUAUUCAUGGAACUCCAAAUUAUUUACCUCCAGAAACGUUCCUGUAUAAUGAAUAUAAUAUUACUUGUGAUAUUUACGCUUUCUCUAUGGUUAUUUGGCAAAUAUUUACUCAACGAUUAUUAUACAUUAAAUAUGAUUCAAUGGAUGAUUUGUCUUUAGAAGUUGUUCAUGGAGAAAGACCUCCUUUAAAUAAAAUGAUACCAGAGAUUUACCAUGAACUAUUGACUGAUAUGUGGAGUAAUCAAAUCGAACAACGACCUAAUAUUGAAAGAGUUAUAAAAAUAUUAUCUUUGGGAUAUUUAGAAGAAAUAGAUAAAGAUUCAGUUAAAAAUGCCUGGUGUUCUCUUUGUCCUAAACAAGUACUUGACUUUAAACUGUCUUAUCAUUAUCUUAAUACAAAAGGUAAUUUCAAAAAUAUCUUUAGAGGAAUUGAUUUUGUAUCUGUUAAUGAUUUUAAUUUCGCUUGUAAUUGUUUUGGUAAUAUUUGGGAUGUUUCUCUUCAAAGAAAGAUUAACGAAUUUAUAAAAAAUGCUCAUCUUUUUAUUAAUUGGACUAACUACUCUAUCACUGCAGAAUUAAAUAAAACUAAAAUAAUUAUUAAAGAAGAUAUAUUUAGUGAUUCUUUCAUUGUAGAUGAUGGAAACAAAACAUACUAUAUUAAAUCUCUUUGGGAAUUAUAA